CCCCCUUGUCCUCCUCAUCCACUCGUCCCCCCCUUUGUUCUCUCCUCCUCCAACACACAUCCAUCACACACGCCUACACGGCGAUACAGGCUGAUCAUCCACAGAGCAAGCAUCCAACACGCUAUCUUGCUCUGGAAAUCCUCGCCUUGCCCUCUUACAAUCAAAACAUACAUCGCCACUCGCGAGCCGAGUCCCGAGCCUCGAGCACUGUUUAGAUCGCCAUCGCCGCCGCCGCAGCAGCCGCAAUGGCAGACAACGCAGCCGGCCCGGCGCGCUCACAGUCGACCACCUCCCUCGCCCGCUUACACCACGGCGGCCUCGCUAACGGCAGCGCACCGCCCGCCCCCGACGAGACCUCGGACCCCGCCCUCGACUUCUGCAAUGCCUUCUGGGGCCCAGGUGACCGCGGCUAUGAGGUCAUCAUGGCCAGGCUGCGUGGAGCAUCGAGGACCAUCGAGGAGCUGAGGCAGUUCUGGAAGGAGCGCGCUGCCAUCGAAGAGGAGUACGGCAAGCGCCUGCAGAAGCUCUCAAAGCUUCCCCUCGGCAGGGACGAGAUCGGAGACCUCGCCGCCUCUCUCCAGUCUAUCCAGGACGAGACAGCCGCCCAGGCGUCGUACCAUCUCAGCCUCAGCACCGACCUGCACCAGGUGGUCGAAGUUCCCACCACUGAGCUCGCAAACCGCUACGCCCAUCUCAAGAAGGGUAUCCAGGCCAGCGUUGAGAAGGCGUGGCGGAACAAGGGCUUACAGGAGGGACAUGUGACCAAGGCCCGCGAGCGCUAUGAGUCGGACUGCCUCAAGCUCAACUCGUACACGGCCAACACGCAGCUCGUGCAGGGUAAAGAACUGGAGAAGAUCCAUGGCAAGGUCGACCGCGUGCGGCAGACCAUUGGCAGCAACGAGCAGGACUUCCGCAACUUUGUUAGUGUCCUCGAGGGCACGACGCAAAAGUGGGAGAACGAGUGGAAGUCGUUCACCGAUCAAGUCCAAGACCUCGAGGAGGACCGUCUGUCCCAGACCAAGGACAUUGCAUGGUCGUACGCCAACCAGGUGUCGCAGGUCUGCGUGGAGGACGACAGCUCAUGCGAGCGCAUCCGCGAGCGGCUCGAGCAGUUUGAGCCUGCCAACGACAUGGUCAACUUUGUUCGCGGCUGGGGCACUGGUGACCAGAUCCCCGACCCGCCGAGGUUUGUCAACUACUCUGUCGGCCAGAACCCCCCCACCCCGACUUUCCACACUGCCACGUUCAAGCGUGUUGCAGCGAAGGCACCCCUGAGGCCGGUAUCGAUUCCCAAUGCCGAUCAGGAGCCAGAACCUGUGGCUGAGCCUGCACAGCAGAGGACGGCGUCACCAGACACCUACCAGCCCCCAGCGCCGCCGCCCGUGCCGAAGGAGGAUCCAUUCAGCCCGCCCCGCGAGGAGCCUUUCACGCCGCCCACUGACGGUGUUGAACGCUUGAUUCUGCGCGACGACGGCCCGACACCCUCUGUCCCACCAGCUGCCUCGCGCUCGCCCAAGCCACCAGUCGGCGGCGUCGCCCUCCCUGGCCUCGCCGCUGGUGUUGUUGGAGCCGCAGCCGGUGCUGCUGGCAUCGGAGCAGCCAUUGGAGGAUACAAGAACUCUCACCCACCGCCUGUGGCGACCGCAUCGCCCCCUACCCAGACCAUUGACAUGCCACCGCCACCUGUUCCGCAGGCGUACCAGGGACCUCCCAGCCCGAGCGCGCGUGACGUUCUGGACGAGGAUGACCCGAUGGCCCGCGCGCUUGCCGAGCUCCGUCGCGACCCUCCUGGGUCCAAUGUCCGCAGACAGCGUUCGCAGAAGCGCCCCGGCUCGGUCUACUCGACGAGUGGCUCAAUCCGCAGCAACAACCUGGGGGCGGGCGGUGCCCCAUCUGCGUCGCCGGCGCCUGGAGGCAAUUACUACCCGGGCCAACAGCGCGUGUCGGUCGACAGCGGCCUUAUCCCUCCUGCUGGCGGACACACCGCCGCUCAGCUUGCCAAGUCCAAGGCGGACUUUGACAGCGGACGCGGCAAGCAGAGCGUCAACUACUCCAGCUACGGUGACGACAUUGUCGGCGGUCACCCGUCGCGGCCGUCUUCGCCUGCUGCCCGCUCUCCUUCUCCAUCUGCAGCUAUGAUGCAGCCCCCAACUCAGCCUGCGACUCACCCCGCCGACGCUGUGCUUCAGCAGUACGGUCAGGCGUUCCCGGGUGAACGUAGCCGUUCGCGCCCUGCUUCCGUCUACUCGAACCACUCGCGUGCGCCGUCUAUCAACGAGUCGGCCGUGACGUCGUCGGUUGCCCCCGAGCGGCCUCUUGAGGGCUUUGCCGGCAUUGGCGCGGGUGGACGCAGCCCGUCGCCUGCGCCCAACAAGCAGUUCCGCUCGCCGUCGCCUGGCCCUGGUGGCCAUGGCGUCCUCGGCCCGCAGAACCUCGGCAUCUCACUCGACGCAUCGGGAGGUGUCGCGCAGGACUCGAUGGCCGAGGCCUACCGUCGGCAGUAUGAGCAGCAGAAGCAGCAGUCUGGCCACGAGCGCCAGCCGUCGCUUCAGCAGCCUCCAGUCGACCCUCAGCGUCCGACGUCGCAGCACUCGUACCACGCGCCGAGCCAGCAGCAGCAGCAGCCGGCAGCGGGUGGCUAUGUGCCCCCCGCACCGGCGCCUUUCUCACAGUAUGCGCCGGCUCCUAGCCAGAGCAGCUACUACCCCAGCUCCACGAACCAGUACAACCCGGCUCAGCGACAGCCGUCCCAGCCGGCGCCUCAGCAGCAGCCGCCACAGUCACAAUACCAGCCCCCUCAGCAGCAAGGAUACCAGCCAGCGCAGCAGCAGCAGCCGCAGCAGCCACCGCAACAGCCACAGCAACAGCAGCAGCAGUACGACCAGUAUGGCAGACCACUGCAGGGCCAGGCGCCGAGCGGCUACGCUCAGCACUCGCACCAGUCGUCGCAGUCAUACUCGGGUUACGGCCAGCCUCCACAGCAGCAGCAGCAGCAGCAGCAACCAGGCUACGGCGGCUACCAGCAGAACUCGUACUCGAAGCCGCCCGAGCCUCAGCCAUACCGCGCACCAUCGCCCCAGCCUGCAGCUCAGCAGUACCGGGCGCCGUCGCCUCAGCCUGCCGCCCAGCAGUACCGCGCGCCAUCGCCUCAGCCCGCUGCGCAGCACUACCGUACGCCAUCGCCCCAGCCGCAGCAGCCGGCGAUCCACCAACAGGCGUCACAAGACUCGUACCUCACGCAAAACCAGUCGCAGUACAACCGGUCGCCUAGCCCCCAGCCGGCCCUGCCACCGAACAACGCUCCGGCCACUGGCCAGUGGUCGAGCAAUGGGCUCCCCAUUUUAUUCUAUGUUCAAGCACGAUACGACUACCACGCUCAGUCUGCUGCCGAGUUCGACUUCCAGUCUGGCGACAUUAUCGCCGUGACGUCUACACCAGAGGACGGAUGGUGGUCUGGCGAGCUUCUCGAUGAAGCGCGCCGCGUCGCCGGACGCACCGACUUCCCGUCCAACUUUGUCGAGCUGUUCUGAGCGCUUACGAAGGAUAUGAGACACGAGAGAGAGGGGGGAGGGAGGGGGGGAGGGGGAGUGCCGUCGGAGAGGAUGUCGGGGAGGAGGUCGGUCGGAGAGAAUGUCGAGACAUCUCU